UGUUAACGUGUAACAAAAGCGAGAGGAUGGACCGAACUGAGAGCGGCUGCUUGUAGAGUGUUGAGUCCACAUCGCACCCAGUGUGAUUAACCGGAGCACGGUGAGACAGUUUUCACUUCACACACGCGCUUCCGUUCACAGCUGAAGUGCAACCCGGCAGCAGAGUUCAGCUGGUAUUUCACAGAGUCCACACACAAGCCUGUACGCUGUGUUUUUGUGUUCACCGCUGACCGGGCGAGCGAGACAGACUGAGACGUCAGGUUAGCCGAAGCUGCAGGGAGAGGAAGCGGCAGACAUGGACGAGCAGCCGCGGAUGAUGCACUCUCACGCCGGGGUAGGGAUGGCGGGGCACCCGGGCCUGCCCCAGCACAUGCAGGAGGGAACCGGAGCAGCCGACGGCGACGGCAGGAAGCAGGACAUCGGAGACAUUUUACAACAAAUCAUGACCAUUACAGACCAAAGUCUGGACGAAGCGCAGGCCAGGAAGCACGCGCUGAACUGUCACAGGAUGAAGCCCGCGCUCUUUAACGUUCUGUGUGAAAUAAAAGAAAAAACAGUGCUGAGUAUCCGCGGCGCCCAGGAAGAGGAGCCUCCCGAUGCCCAGCUCAUGAGACUGGACAACAUGCUGUUGGCUGAAGGUGUGUCAGGGCCAGAGAAAGGGGGCGGGUCAGCUGCGGCUGCAGCCGCUGCAGCAGCUUCGGGAGGAGCCGGAGCCGAUAAUUCAGCUGAACACUCUGACUACAGAGCCAAGCUCUCCCAGAUCCGCCAGAUUUACCACACCGAACUGGAGAAAUAUGAACAGGCAUGUAACGAGUUUACCACUCACGUGAUGAACCUGUUGCGAGAGCAGUCGCGCACACGGCCAAUCUCACCCAAAGAGAUCGAGCGCAUGGUCAGCAUCAUCCACCGCAAGUUCAGCUCCAUCCAGAUGCAGCUCAAGCAAAGCACCUGCGAGGCAGUCAUGAUCCUCCGCUCCCGCUUCCUCGAUGCCAGGAGGAAAAGACGAAACUUCAACAAACAGGCCACCGAGAUCCUGAACGAGUACUUCUACUCCCACCUCAGUAAUCCAUAUCCCAGUGAGGAGGCCAAGGAGGAACUGGCCAAGAAGUGCUCUAUCACUGUCUCCCAGGUGUCCAACUGGUUCGGAAACAAACGAAUCCGGUAUAAGAAGAACAUUGGAAAGUUCCAGGAGGAAGCCAAUAUGUACGCAGCCAGAACUGCAGUGAAUGCGGCCAGCGUGUCAGCUCAUGGCAGCCAGGCAAAUUCCCCCUCCACCCCCAACUCAGCAGGUUCUGCUGGCUCUUUUAACAUGUCCAACUCUGGUGAUUUGUUUAUGAGUGUGCAGUCUAUGAAUGGCGAUUCAUACCAGGGGGCUCAAGUGGGAGCCAACGUGCAGUCGCAGGUGGAUACCCUUCGCCAUGUUAUCAGUCAGACAGGAGGAUACAGUGAUGGCCUCACAGCCAACCAGAUGUACAGUCCGCAGGGCAUCAAUGCUAAUGGUGGAUGGCAGGAUGCUACUACCCCCUCCUCAGUGACCUCACCCACAGAAGGACCCGGGAGUGUUCACUCUGACACCUCCAACUGAUCCCCUCAUCACCUCACUCCUUCUUGUUCCCUCACUACUGCACAAACCAUGGACUCUCUUUUUGUUCUGUCACUCUCGGUCGUUCAUCACUAUGUUUAAGUAAUGCACUCACUAGCUCACUAAGCUGGGUCUCUGCCAUGCUUUGGAGUGAAUCAAUCUGUUCUACCCAAACACACACACACACAGUUUGUAUUCUUAAAUACAGCCCUCGAUUUGUAUUAACCCCUUCAGAUCUGAUUUUUUUUCUAUCCUCAAUUAUAAUUCAUUAUAAUUCUUCAAAAUCAUUAUUUUCAGUCUUAAAUAGUAUUUUGAUGCAGCUCCUACAGUCAGUGGAUUGAAUGAAACAUAACCAAACAUAAACCAUUAUAACGAACAUGGGGUCUGAAGGGGUUAAUAUGUAUGAUCACGCUACCUCUUAGAUAAACAACAUAAAAAACAAAUCAUAACAAUAAACUGAUUUCUAAAAUAGAAAUGAUGGUGCAUAUGAUGCCCCAUUUUCCAUAGCGGAACCUUUUCACAUUUUUAUCAUGGUAUGAAACCAUGAACAUUUUCUGUGUCCAUAGUGCCAAAGUAUUUUUCUACAUUUUAACACUCAUGAUUUGCAUGUUCAUUUGACGUGAUCAUAUUCUUCAUGUUGUAAUAUAGGGACAUACUGUAUUAUAAAGACAUAUUUUGUAUCUCAGUCUCUCUCCAUCAUGUAACUUGAAAUUGAUUUUUAAUUAGGCUAUACAAACAUCGCUUGUCUUUGAUUCCUAAAAACCUCCUUUCUUUAAAAAAAAACAAAACAAAACAAAAAAAAACGUUUUUGUUGCUUUCCGUGUAUAAUCUCCACCAGUGACAAUGCAGUAUAGGCCUUUGCAAAUUAAGAAGUUUGUAACAUCUGUGUCAGUCAGCUGAUGACAAUGAAUUUAAGACAGUUCACCAAGUUAUGUGAUAAAAAACCCAACUGCAUCAGUUAAGGAAGAGCCAAAUGCUGCUGUGAACCAAAAUCAUUUCUGUAAUAAGUGCAAACAGAUUUGAACUUUAAAGCUACUGUAUUUUACAGACUAUAAGAUGUUUUUAACCCUCUAGACGGUGCUCCGAUUUGUGUUUUUGCAUUAGCCUACCCAUUGGUUAUGGUUUAACAUUAGGUGAUUUACUUCAGCAUUGAUGGCAACAGAAUGGUUAGCAUUAUGAUUGAGAGAAGAGUACUUUCUGUAGAAGUCUUGAUUAAUUCUAUGAUUAACUGUAAAACUGUGACAUGAAUAUAGAGUUUGAUAAAGGUGUCUGUUCUAUAUGACUGUAUGGUACACUACCAUUAGCUUGGUGCUAACAUAACAUUUUUACAAGGCGCUACAGCGGAAAUUAGCAAUAUUUUAGCGGCAAAGCUAAGGAUGGAUUCACACACAGAUAUUGUCCAGGCCUGACAGAGGGAUUAAGAUUCUAGCAAAGAAAACAGUAGAGUGCUAACCUACGGCAACACUAACAGGACAAAACCAUAGAAAUGCCACUACUAAUAUGGCUUAUAAAAUGAAGUUAUAUAUUUAGGAGGGUGCAUCUUAUUACUCCAGAGUGACUUAUAGUCCGGAAAAUACAGUAAAUGUGUCUAUGUAUUUACUUAUGAAAUAUUUUUCUUUUCUUUUUUCCUCUAAAUAACAUACAUAAAACAGCAGAGGACUUCACAGCUGCAUAUAAUUAAUCUGAUUUUCUAAUACAGUUGAUGUGUGACUGUUGUGAAGUCACUUUAUCAUAUACAUUUUACCACAUUUUUCAUCCAACAACUGAAAAAACCCAACUGAAAACAACUGAACCUUGCUUUUAGUUUAUGGUCUUUCUUGGUGACAACAUAUCACAUAUCCGUCAUUACUUUGAUACCAAAAACAGCAGACGUCCAUUUUGUUUAUCAUCACCAUUUUAACCACAUUGUAAAUGAUGUAUUAUCUUCUGUAUCUGGGCUUGUUUCUUAGCGAAAGCCCCAGUGCUUCGUAUUCAAAACCAAAAAUGCAGUCCGAAUUCAGUAGUGUUUGUCGAAAGAAAACAUGGCACAAAAAUGCAGAAAACAUUUGCGUAUAUUUUUACGUCGUCAUGUUGUGAAUAGCCUAAUGCGCUUUUCUUUUUGGCUUCAGCUCUGUUACAAGACAUUUUACUUUUCUUUGUGUGUUCUUGCUUUAGCAUAAUGUGAAUUAGCCCAAGAAUGCGCUAUGUACGUAGAUGUGCACCUUUCUAUUCUUAUUUUGCUCUUUUAAACAGAGUUUAAAACGAUACAUCUUGUGCUUCAUAUAAGCGUGAAUCGGGUCUCUGAUGGGCAGGCCAUGUCUUCAAGAAAUCGUUUAUGAUUUGAUCAACAUAAUAGAUAUGAAAUUCCUAAAGCAAAGUGACAAGGCUAGCACUUGUGGCCAAUUUAGAAUAAAGUGUAUAACUGCGCACUAAUCUUAUCACACCAAAAAAAUCAAGUGUGUUGUGCAUCACACAUCGAUUAUGGUUCUAUCUUGUUACUUGUAGCAAAUCAACAAAGCUUUUUGUCACAUUAAGCACUGUAAUUUAUUUAGUUAGAUGCAACAUCCAUCACUAAGCUAUAUCAUGACAUUUUAUAAUGAGCACCCAUUAAGAAAGAGGGCCCUUUAUUAUCGUGUGUCAAGAGUCCAGAAGAGUUUGCUGAUUUCCUGAUCUCUAACACACCUGCAAAUGAGGUUUUAAAGGGACAGUAUUGCCAAGAAGGAAAAUGUCAUUUUUGGCCAAACUUCCUUUAAGUAAUGAGUUGAAUGAGUGUGUGUUAGAACUGGCAAAUCACUAAACAAUGCUGGACUCUGGACACACUCCUUUUUGGCUACAGGAAUCAGUCGGGUCCAGCUGUAACCAGCCAAAACAGCUCCAUCUGCAUAGAUUAUUAUUCCUGUGUGACCUGUAGCUCCUCAAGAAAGCCUAAUAGCAAGUGUUAGUGUAGACUAUUCAGUUAGAUGCACCAUCCAUCACUAAGCUAGAUAACAUUCAAUAAUAAACGUCCAUGCUGAUUUGUUGUAACCCAGAGAGGCCUAACUGUAUGCCUGGAGUUUAACACACCUUCUAAACCUGGUCACUAGCUAAUGAGUCAAAUCACUGUGUGUGUUAGAGCAAAAUAAAAAGUGCUAAACUCCAUCCAUCCACACGGAAACACAGUUGGUCAAAUCUGGGUUGAAGAGUGACAUAAUAACCCUGAACACACUCAUACACACGUCUCUUAUCGCCUGCCCAGUUUCAGCGUAUUGUUGAAAGCUUCAUGUAAUGAUGCUUUUAGUUUUUGCAUAUGAAGCAAUUUGUAAAACAUCAAAUGUUUACUUUGUUGCAUGUCUUUUGUUCUUUAAAAAAUCCUGCAGUGUUUUUGAAUGUUUCUUUUUUUUGUUUGUUUUUUUGUUUUUUAAUAAAUAAAUAAAUAUAUAUAUAUAAAGCGCGGAGACUUUCUCUUGCUGAGUUUUAACUUUUAAGAUCUCUGCAUAUGUAUAAUAAGGAAUAAAAACGGAACAGCAAAUUAUUGUCUUUUCAAUUCCAACUUGUUUGUGAAGGAAAAAACUAACAAGGUGUAGGUUUUCUGGUCUCUUAAUUUGUACUGGUAAUGCAUAUUCCAAAUAAAUAGUUUCUUUUGUUGCAA